AUGGGCUCUUCUAUAUAUACUCCUAGUGCGCCGGCUGUUGAAGAGAAGUUCGGCGUCUCUGCUACCGCCGCAUCGCUGGGCCUAGCUUUAUGUAUCGGACCGGUGAUCUUCUCCCCAGUCAGCGAAAUUCCCAGGGUCGGUCGAAACCCGCCGUACAUCCUUACCUUUGGAUUAUUCGUCAUCCUCAGUAUCCCCACUGCGCUCGUGGAUAAUUUCGCAGGGCUCCUGGUGCUGAGGUUCCUUCAGGGAUUCUUCGGCAGCCCUUGUCUAGCGACGGGAGGUGCCAGCCUUGGUGACAUCUAUAGUCUCCUCAAGCUGCCUUAUGGCCUGACCAUUUGGGCUGCAUUUGCGACCCUGGGACCGGCAUUAGGGCCAGUGAUCUCUGGGUUUAGCGUGCCUGCGAUGAAUUGGCGGUGGUCGCUGUGGGAGAUUGUCUGGAUGGCUGGACCGGUCUUCUUGGUCAUGCUCUUUUUGCUGCCGGAGACGUCGGCAGAUACUCUCCUCUUGCAGAGGGCUCAGCGCUUACGGAAUCUCACAGGAAAUAACGAACUCAUGUCCCAAUCAGAGAUUGAUCAGAAGAUGCUCACCGUUUCCGCCGUCGCUGUGGCUGCCCUAUACCGACCAGUCCAGAUUGUCUUUCUCGACCCGGCCGUACUCUUCGUCAAUUUGUAUACCAGCCUUGUAUACGGGAUUUACUAUUCCUUUUUCGAAGUGUUCCCUAUAGUGUACAUUGGUAUAUACGGCUUCAACGUCGGGGAAAUGGGCCUCGUCUUCCUCUGCAUCCUCGUUGCAUUGGCUAUUUCCGUCCCGCUAUACUUCCUGUAUCUCCGUAAAGUUUUCGAGCCUGAAAUCAAAACCAAAGGUCUCCAGGAACCCGAGCGACGACUGAUCCCCGCGCUCUUUGCUUCAUUCCUUCCGCCGCUGGGCCUCUUUAUCUUCGGCUGGACUUCACGGAAAGAUAUCCAUUGGAUUGUGUCGGUCGUCGGCAUCACACUCUUCACGAUUGGUAUCUUCCAGGUUAUCCAAUGCGUUUUUAUCUACAUCCCAAUGACCUACCCGCAGUACGCGGCAAGUCUAUUUGCGGGAAACGAUUUCAUGAGAAGUGCGCUUGCAUGCGGGGCCAUCCUCUUUUCUCGGCCCCUCUAUCUCAAUCUUGGCGUUGGCCGGGUUAACGGUUGGCUGUAUCGGGGGAAUCUUUGCUCUGUUUUACUACGGUGCUGCCCUCAGAGCCCGCAGUAG